AUGGCCAAGUUCACUCUUCAUCUCCAAAGACUCUGGGCUCUGGUUCCGCUGCUCAUCAUGCAAGCAGUUCUGGGAGGUCUGGCUCCGAACGUCACGGCAUCCUCGCUACCUGGCUUGUCCUCAUACGUCGCAGGGCCGGGGUUCCCCACCUCGGUAUUUGGAUCCUACUAUGUAUCCCCAGCACUGCCAACUCGGGAACCUCAGCCGAUCAUCUACGAUCCGGUGCUGGACCUCACCUUCCCCUAUGAGCUGACCAAUCCAGACAUUAUCCCCGAGAGCUCGGAUGAGGUGUUCUACCCCGUGCCGAAGGGGAACAUGAACUCGCAGCAGAAGCAUGCCUUGAUCGAAAGUGUGAAGACAAAUGUCUCUAAGAUCAUCAAGUCAUCUGGCUCGGAGGCGCCCUGCUCCAAGUGCAAGAGGGCCCUGGCAGCGGCCAAGCCAGCUGCCUUGUACGCUCCGGUACUGGUGCCGGAUGCUUUGAUCAGCAUGUGCAAAACCUUCGAGUUUCAGUCUGAUGAUUCCUGCGAGGAGAACUUUGCACCACAGGCCUUUGGUGCGAUCUGGACGCAGAUCCUGGCCUUUGCUGAUCUACAAGGUCUGGACGGGCAGUAUAUUUGCCAUUCUCUCAACAGUGACUUUUGCGAGCAGCCUCAGACCCGGGACUUGGAUACUUCCAAGUUGUUCCCCAAGCCCAAGCCGGCACAGGUGCACGUGCCCAAGGCUAGUGGAGAGCGUGUCAAGGUACUCCACAUGUCGGAUUUCCAUCUCGAUGCACGGUAUGCGGUUAGUGCGGAAGCCAACUGUACCGGUGGACUGUGCUGCCGCAGCGACAGACAUAAUGCUGACUCGGAAGAUCACGUUCUCUCUCCUGCUUCGGCGUAUGGGGCUUUCCAGUGUGAUACCCCGUACGACCUGGGUCUAGCUGCUCUCCAGGCUGUGGGACCUUUGACCGGCACGGGUAAGGGCCGUAAGGAUGAGUCCCUAGCGUGGACGAUCUACACUGGUGACUUGAUCUCCCACGAUUCCGAGUCUCAGAUGUCUCGGGAAUACCUUGAAUACACCGAGACUAGCAUUUUUCACAUGUUCAAGGAGUAUCUUUCGGGCCCUGUUUUUGCAGCUUUGGGAAACCAUGACUCCAGUCCUGAGAAUAUCGAUGCCCCUCAUAGCCUUCCAGGCCGUCUUGGGGAGCAGUCUUCCUGGAACUAUCAGCAUCUAGCUGGUCUGUGGCAGCAUGAGGGGUGGAUCAGCAAGGAGACAGCGGAGGAGGCUAGCACGCACUACGGUGGCUAUUCGGUCAAGACGCAUUUCGGAUUGCGUGUCAUUGCUUUCAACACAGACUUCUGGUACAAUUCCAACCUGUUCAACAUGAUCAACACCACCAAUCCAGACAAUUCAGGCAUCUUCUCCUGGAUGAUCGACGAGCUCCAAAAGGCCGAGGACUCGAACGAGCGUGUCUGGCUCGUCGGCCACGUCCCCAGUGGCUGGGAUGGCAACGGCCCAAUCCCAGACCCAACCAAUCUCUUCUACCAGAUCGUGGACCGCUAUUCCCCGCAUGUAAUUGCAAACAUCUUCUUCGGCCACAACCACGAGGACCAAUUCAUGAUCUACUACGCCAAUAACGGCACGGUCCAAAAUUCAAACACUGCACUUACCACUGGCUGGAUCGGACCUAGCGUCACGCCCUUGACUAACAUGAACAGUGGCUUCCGACUGUACGAGGUUGACACCGGGGACUUCAACAUCUACGAGGCAUACACUUUCUUCAGCAAUACCUCUGAAUACACAAGUCUCCGUGAAACCGGGCCAACGUACCGCUUCGAAUAUUCUACUCGUGACACUUACGGUCCAGCGGCGGGCUGGGAAAAGGAUGCUCCGUUGAAUGCGACAUUCUGGCACCGUGUAACCGAGGCCAUGGAGAAGGAUAUAAGCCUCAUUACGCUGCAGAACCACUUGCAGGGUAGAAUGAGUGUCAAGAGUCCCAAGUGCGAUACGGAGGCUUGCCAGAAGGCGAAGAUUUGUUACAUGCGGAGUGGAAGCGUUGCUCUGGGUCAGCAGUGUCCGCAGGGGUAUGCCUCCGUCCAGAGCGCUUUCAAGCCGACGUAG